AAUCAUGAUUAAUGUGAGAGCUUAUUGGAGCGUUGUGGCAUGUUAGCUUUGUCAUUGUAAUGUAAACAUUUUCUUUUUUUCUCAUCUUCUGCAACCAUUUUAUGUACACUUAAAGAUGCCCUUUUAUUUGAAUCUUAUAGGCAAAGAGAAUGGCAAUAAGAAUGUUCUGCACAACUGAGGAUAACCGGCAACAUUGAAUAGGAAAGCAAGUCAGUCCAAAAAUCAAAAUAUUUUCCAUUUCUUUCAGGGAGCCACACAAUUCUUCACCUUCCUCAACAGAUGAGAGAGAAGCAACAGAAAAUCAAGAAGAGAUUUCUAGGUCGGAAAAGUAGAGUUUAAAGUCCAAGCACACAUUGCAUGAAAAGUCAAAGAUUAUUUUUCCAUUCAGCAAAAAAGGGGAAUAUCUGGAAGUUACAGGUGAGGAAAAGGUCACUUGGAAAGCCACGUAGUGCAGACAGUGUUGUAGGCCUUGCUCUGGGAGGAAGAAAAUCGCCACUACUACUAAAGAAGGGAUGACCCAUAUUUUGGACAUCCUCUGGAAUAUUAGUUGUGGAAGAGCUUCAUAGAUGUGCCUGUUGUGGGAAAGAUACAACUUGCAAAUCACAGCUGAUUAUGCCUGAGAGGAUCCUGACUGGAGAAAAGCCAUACAAUGCUCUAAAUGUGGCAAAAUCUCUGAUCAGAACAACUUUGUUGUGAUCAGUGGAAGGACUCACACAGGAGAGAAGCCCUCCAAAUGCUUCCAGUGCGGUAAAUGCUUUCAUGAGAUAUGGCAACAUGGGCUCACACAGGAGAGAAACCAUUUGAAUGUCCUGACUGUGGGAAAAGUUUCAGUAAGAAUUCCAGACUCAUGAGACACCAGAGGACUCACAUAGGAGAAAAACCCUUUGGGUGUCUUGAUUGUGGAAAAAGUUUUAGUCAGCAUUCUACCCUGGUGACACAUCAGAGGACUCACACAGGAGAGAAACCGUUUGAGUGUCCUGAUUGUGGGAAAAGUUUCAGUCACAAUUCCAGCCUGGUGAAACACCAGAGAACUCACACAGGAGAGAAACCCUUUAAAUGUCCUGAUUGUGGGAAAAGUUUCAGUCAGAAUUCCAGCUUGGUGAUACACCAGAGAUCUCACACAGGAGAGAAACCCUUUGAAUGUCCUGAUUGUGGGAAAAGUUUUAGUAACAAUUCCAACCUUAUUAACCACCAGAAGACUCACACAGGAGUGAAACCCUUUGAAUGUCUUGACUGUGGAAAAAGUUUCAGAACCAAUUCCAGCCUUGUGAUACAUCAGAGGACUCAUACAGGAGAGAAACCCUUUGAAUGUCCU